AUGGCCGCCGCGGGGAAAGUCAUCAUUGUCACCGGCGCCUCCCGGGGCAUCGGGCUCGCCAUUAGCCACUUCCUGCUGCAGCGCCAAUGCAGGCUCGUCGUUGUUGCCCGAAGCAAGGAGCCACUCGAGCGGCUGCGUGCAGAGCAUCCGGAACAGGUGCAGCUCCUGUCAGGAGACCUCUCCGACUUUUCAAUCGGCAAACAGGCCGCCGAUCUCGCUCUCCAGCACUGGAACCGCCUGGACGGGCUCGUUGUGAACCACGGCGUGCUCGAGCCGGUGAAGAAGAUCUGCGACACCGAGCCCGAGGAAUGGAGGGCUGCCUUUGAUGUCAAUGUAUUCUCCGGCAUUGCCCUGAUCAAGGCUGCCCUGCCCGCCCUGCGCUCUUCCAAGGGCCGUAUUGUGCUCGUCUCGUCGGGGGCUGCCACGCACUCCUAUGCCGCAUGGGGCGUCUACGGUGCAUCCAAGGCCGUGUUCAACCACUUGGCCGAGACUUUGGCCGCUGAAGAACCCGACGUUACCACCGUCUCUAUCCGUCCUGGCACCGUUGACACGGCCAUGCAGGACAACAUCCGCGCCACUCAUCACAAGCAGAUGGAUCCUAAGGAUGCAGAAAAAUUUCUUGGUUUGCCAUCUAACGGUAAAUUGCUCCGUCCUGACCAGCCCGGCAACGUCAUGGCCCGUCUAGUUCUCGAUGCUCCAAAGGAGCUGAACGGCCGAUUCCUAAACUGGAACGAUGGGGAGCUGGCGGCUUUCCAAGAUGCAUGA